AGAAGGCAGCCGGCGCGAUGCGCCGCGGGGAGGCGGCCGCGCUCCUGCUGGCCCUGCUGGGCUCCGCGCUCGCCCGCGAUGCGAGCCCCGAGGCCGACGCCGGCGCCAGGGACGUGCCCGAGGGCGCUUCCACGCUGGCUUUUGUGUUCGACGUGACGGGCUCCAUGUACGACGACCUCGUCCAGGUCAUCGAAGGGGCCUCCAAGAUCCUGGAGACGUCUCUGAAAAGACCCAAGAGGCCGCUCUACAACUUCGCCCUGGUGCCCUUCCACGACCCAGAAAUUGGUCCAGUGACGAUUACCACAGACCCCAAGAAAUUUCAGUUUGAACUUAGAGAACUCUAUGUUCAGGGUGGUGGUGAUUGUCCGGAAAUGAGUAUUGGGGCUAUCAAAAUUGCCUUGGAAAUUUCUCUUCCUGGCUCUUUCAUCUAUGUUUUCACUGACGCGCGGUCCAAGGAUUACCGACUCACGCAUGAGGUGCUGCAGCUCAUCCAGCAGAAGCAGUCCCAGGUGGUGUUUGUGCUCACUGGAGACUGUGACGACAGGAGUCACAUCGGGUAUAAAGUGUAUGAAGAAAUUGCCUCCACAAGCUCUGGCCAAGUGUUCCAUCUAGACAAGAAGCAAGUCAAUGAGGUGUUAAAAUGGGUAGAAGAAGCAGUGCAGGCCUCCAAAGUCCACCUCUUAUCCACGGAUCACUUGGAACAGGCUGUCAACACUUGGAAAAUCCCUUUGGAUCCCAGCCUGAGAGAGGUCACCGUGUCCCUGAGUGGUCCUUCGCCUGCGAUUGAAAUUCGCAAUCCUUUAGGGAAGCUGAUAAAAAAGGGAUUUGGCCUGAAUGAGCUGCUGAACAUCCACAACUCUGCCAGAGUGGUGAGCGUCCUAGAGCCAGCAGCUGGGAUCUGGACAGUGAAGACCUCCAGCAGUGGAAGGCACUCCGUGCGCAUCUCCGGCCUCAGCGCUCUGGAUUUCCGAGCUGGCUUUGCCCGAAAGCCCACCCUGGACUUCACCCAGACGGCCAGCAGGCCAGUGCAAGGAAUACCCACCUAUGUGCUGCUGAACACUUCGGGACUCUCUGUUCCUGCAAGAGUAGAUCACCUGGAACUUCUGAGUAUCUCGGGCAGCUCUCUAAUGACCCUUCCUGUGAAAUACUACCCAGACCGAAAGCCGUAUGGCAUAUGGAAUGUUUCUGACUUUAUCCCGCCCGAUGAAGCCUUCUUUCUCAAGGUCGCAGGCUAUGAUAAGGAUGACUACCUCUUCCAGAGAGUGUCGAGUGUUUCCUUUUCCAGCAUUGUCCCAGAUGCUCCUAAAGUCACGAUGCCCAGGAAGAGCCCAGGGUACUAUCUGCAGCCAGGCCGGAUCCCCUGCUCCGUGGAGAGUCUGUUGCCCUUCACCGUGAGCUUCGUCAGGAACGGCGUCACUCUCGGCAUAGAACAGAACUUAAAAGAACCUGCCACUGUGACCUGGGAUAUUGAGCAGGUCACGUUGGCUGACGAAGGCCCCUACGAAUGCAUCGCGGUGAGCAGCGCGGGCACUGGGCGGGCACAGACGUUUUUGGACGUGUCAGAGCCGCCUCCAGUCAUCCAGGUGCCUAAUAAUGUCACGGCUGCUCCUGGCAAGAGGGCAGUUCUGACGUGUGUGGUCAGCAGUGUGGCGGAUUACAACCUAACCUGGCAGAAGAACGGCAGAGACGUCCGGCUGGCGGAGCCGGCCCGAGCCAGCGCCUUGGCGAACCUGUCGCUGGAGCUGAGCAGUGUGAAGUCCGGCGACGCUGGCGAGUACCGCUGUGUGGUUUCCAGCGACAGUGGGUCUUCUGCUGCCUCGGUUUUCCUGACCGUGCAAGAACGACCCCGAGUGUCUGUGACACCCAGGAACCAAUCUUUCACAGGAGGGUCCGAGGUUUCCAUCAGGUGUUCUGCCACAGGUUAUCCCAGACCAGCGGUGAGCUGGACCUUCAACAGCUUGUUCAUCACGAGUUCACACAGGUACAGGACGACCUCCGAUGGUACCUUAGUCAUCAGAAACGCACUUCCCAGAGAUGCAGGCAUCUACGCUUGUCUGGCAAGUAAUUCCGCUGGAAUGGAUAAACAGACUUCCAUCCUCAGCUACGUGGAAGCCCCAGAGUUGACUGUGGUUCAGGGUGAACUCUUGGUUGCUCUCGGGGAUACGACGGUCAUGGAGUGCAAGGCUUCUGGUGUGCCACCUCCACAGGUGAAGUGGUUCAAAGGAGAUCUUGAAUUGAGGCCGUCAGCUUUCCUCAUUAUGGAUCCACUCUUGGGCCUCUUGAAGAUUCAAGAAACGCAGGAUCUGGAUGCUGGUGAUUACACGUGUGUUGCCAUCAAUGACGCUGGCAGGGCCACAGGCAGGAUAACGCUGGAUGUUGGCUCACCUCCGGUUUUCAUACAGGAACCUGCCGAUGUGUCUGUGGAACUUGGCUCGAAUGUCACGUUGCCUUGUUAUGUUCAGGGCUUCCCAGAACCCAGGAUCAAAUGGCGAAGAUCAGAUGGCGUGUCCCUCUUCUCGAGGCCGAUGUCCGUUAGCUCCAUCAGCCAACUACGAACGGGAGCACUCUCUAUUUUAAACUUAUGGGCAAGUGACAGAGGAACAUACAUUUGUGAAGCUGAAAACCAGUUUGGAAAGAUCCAGUCCCAGACGACCGUCACAGUGACAGGACUCGUUGCCCCUCUGGUUGGAAUCAGCCCUUCGGUGGCCAGUGUUGUGGAGGGCCAGCAGCUCACGCUGCCUUGUACGCUGUUGGCUGGAAAUCCCAUUCCAGAGCGUCGGUGGAUUAAGAAUUCAGCUGUGUUGGUCCAGAAUCCUUAUGUCACUGUGCGCGGCGAUGGCAGCCUCCACAUCGAAAGGGUUCGGCUUCAGGAUGGAGGGCAGUACACCUGUGUGGCCAGCAGCGUGGCCGGAUCCAGUAACAGGACGACCUCUGUGGUCGUGCAUGUCCUGCCGACCAUUCAGCAUGGGCAGCAGACACUCAGCACCAUCGAAGGCGUCCCCGUGACGCUGCCGUGCAGAGCAAGUGGCAUUCCGCAGCCCACCAUCACCUGGUCCAAGCAGGGAGAGCCUAUUGCCAUCGACGGUGCAAGGUUCUCAGCAGGGGCUGAAGGCAGUCUGUCGGUGCUGUCGCCUGGGGCCCAGGAGAGCGGGGAGUACGUGUGCACGGCCACCAACGCAGCUGGCCACGCCAGGAGGAAGGUGCAGCUCACUGUCUAUGUAAGACCCCGAGUGUUUGGAGAGCAGCGAGGACCGUCACAUGAGCAGCCCGUGGAGAUCUCCAUCCUGGCAGGGGAGGAGGCGACUCUCCCAUGUGAAGUGAAGAGCCUUCCCCCACCCGUCAUCACUUGGGCCAAGGAGACCCAGCUCAUCUCGCCUUUCUCUCCAAGACACACGUUCCUCUCCUCUGGGUCCAUGAAGAUCGCCGAGACCCGCAUGGCAGACACCGGCAUGUAUCUGUGCGUUGCCACCAACAUUGCUGGCAGCGUGACUCAGUCUGUGAAGUUAAAUGUCCAUGUGCCUCCAAAGAUACAGCGUGGCCCUAAACAUGUGAAAGUGCAGGUUGGGCAGAGUGUGAACAUACCCUGUAGUGCACAAGGGACGCCGCCUCCCGUGGUCUCCUGGGUGAAGGAGGGAAGGAGUGUGCCUCUGGAUGGGGUGUGGCCCCUCAGCCGGCCUGACGGAACUCUGAGCUUUGACCGUGCCACGCUGUCCGACGCCGGCCUUUACACCUGUGUGGCCACGAACAUAGCAGGCAGUGAUGAAGUGGAGACGACGCUGCUUGUCCAAGAGCCGCCCACAGUGGAAGUUCUGGAGCCUCCAUUUAACACUCCAUUCCAAGAAAGGGUGGCCAAUCAACGCAUUGCAUUUCCAUGUCCUGCAAAAGGCACACCUAAGCCCACCAUCACAUGGCUACACAAUGGCCAACAGCUGACUGGCAGAGAGCCUGGCAUUUCAAUCCUGGAAGGCGGUGCAUUGUUGGUGAUUGCAUCUGUUGCACCCUCUGAUCGUGGCGACUACAUCUGUGUAGCAGUCAGUGAAGCCGGAGCCACAGAGAGGAAAUACAACCUCCAAGUCCAUGUUCCUCCUGUAAUUAAAGAGAAAGAGCAAGUGGCCAACCUGUCGGUGCUGGUGAGUCAGCUGACCAGCCUGUCCUGUGAGGCGGAAGGAGCGCCGCCCCCCAUGGUGAUGUGGUAUAAAGAUGGCGUCCUGGUGACUGAGAGCAGCACCGUUCGGACCACGAACAACGGGAGGACGCUGAAGCUGCUCACGGCCACGGCUGAGGACACGGGGCGCUAUUCCUGCAAGGCGGUGAACGUGGCAGGCACUUCUCAGAAGGACUUUAACAUCAAUGUGCUCGUUCCACCCAGCGUGACAGGUGCCAGCUCCACAGAUGAUGUCACUGUCAUCCUCAGCCACAAUGUCACCCUCGAAUGUCUGGUCACAGGGACUCCCUUUCCCGACAUUCACUGGUUCAAAGAUGGCAAGCCUUUGUUUUUGGAGGAUCCUAAUAUUGAACUUGUGGACAGAGGACAAAUCUUACAUGUGAAGAACGCACGGAGAAGUGACAAGGGACGCUACCAGUGCGCCGUGUCCAAUGCAGCCGGCAAACAGGUCAAGGAGAUGAAGCUGUCUGUCUACCUUCCACCCAGUAUUAAGGGAGGCAACAUCACGAGAGUAUCAGCAUUGAUCAACAGUGUUAUUAAGCUGGAAUGUGAGACGCGAGGACUUCCUGUGCCCACAGUCACUUGGUAUAAGGACAGCCAGCCAGUCUCAGCCAGUUCACAAGGGCAGCUUCUUCAUAUUCCUCGAGCACAAGCUUCUGAUUCAGCUACAUACACAUGCCGUGUGUCCAAUGUGGCUGGAACUGCUGAGAAAUCAUUCCAUGUGGAGGUCUACGUUCCUCCAGUGAUUGAAGGCGCCUCGGCCACACCUGUGAGCAAGCAAGUGCUUCUUGCUCGUUCCCUGACGCUGGAGUGCAAGGCUUCUGGCAGCCCUCCUCCAGCUCUCACCUGGCUGAAAGACGGGGCCCCCGUGAGAGCCAGUGACAACGUCCACGUCGAAGCCGGUGGGCAGAGGCUGAAGCUCCUGAGUGCCGCGGAGCUGGACCGGGGCCAGUACGUGUGCUUGGCUUCCAGUGUGGCAGGAGAGAAGCAAAUCAAGUAUGAAGUUGCUGUCCUAGUGCCUCCAACUGUGGAAGGAGGAGAGGAGACCUCUUACUUCAUUGUGAUCAUUGACAACUUACUGGAACUGGACUGCCCAGUGACAGCAGGCUCUCCCCCACCCACUAUCACGUGGCUGAAGGAUGGUCAGCUAAUUGAUGAAAGCGAUGGAUUCAGAAUUUUACUAGAUGGACGUAAACUGGCUAUUACUCAGGCUCAGGUGUCGGACACUGGCCUUUACCGGUGUGUGGCAACAAACGCUGCUGGAGACCACGGGAAGGCAUUUGAAGUGACUGUUCAUGUUCCCCCGACAAUCAAGUCCUCUGGUGUUCCAGAGAGAACCGUGCUGAAGCACAGGGCUGUCACCUUGCAGUGCGUAGCCAACGGCGUUCCGCAGCCCUCGCUGACGUGGCUCAAAGAUGACCAGCCUGUGAGCACCGCCCAAGGAAGCCUCCAGAUACAGUCUUCUGGUCGGGUCCUGCACAUUGCCCAGACGCUGCUGGAAGAUGCUGGCCGGUACACGUGCGUGGCCACCAACGCGGCUGGAGACACUCAGCAGCACUUCCAGCUGCGUGUGCACGAGCCGCCCAGCCUGGAGGAGGCAGGACGGAUGUUGAACGAGACCGUGGUGGUGAACAGUGCUGUGCAGCUCGAGUGCUCGGCGGCCGGACACCCCUCGCCUGUGAUCACGUGGUUCAAAGACAACCGCCCCCUCUCAGGUGCCACCAGCGUCACCUUCUUGGACCGGGGGCGGGUGGUCGACAUUGAGAGUGCACAGGUCUCAGACUCUGGAGUGUACAAGUGCGUGGCCGUCAACUCAGCCGGCGCCACAGAGCUGUUUUAUAACCUGCAAGUUCACGUGCCCCCAUCAAUUUCUGGCAGCCACAGUAUGGUGGCAGUGGUGGUGAAUGAUCCGGUGAGACUGGAGUGUGAAGCCAGGGGUAUCCCUGCCCCGAGCGUGACCUGGCUGAAGGAUGGGAGUCCUGUCUCCAGCUUUGCUAAUGGAAUACAGGUUCUUUCUGGGGGUCGCAUCUUCGCCUUGGCUAGCGCACAAGUCAGUGACUCUGGGAAGUACACCUGUGUGGCAGUGAAUGCUGCUGGCGAGAGUCAACAGGACAUUGACCUCCGAGUGCAUGUUCCACCAAACAUUGUGGGAGAAGAGCAGAAUAUCUCUGUGCUGGUCAGCCAAGCCGUGGAGUUGCUCUGCAGAAGUGAUGCUGUCCCCCCACCCACUCUCACGUGGCUGAAAGACGGGCGCCCCCUGCUGAGGAGGCCAGGCCUCACUGUGUCUGAGAAUGGAAGCGUGCUGAAGCUUGCAGACGCUCAGGCUCCGGACGCAGGUCGCUACACUUGUGAGGCUGCAAAUGUUGCUGGGAAAACGGAAAAGAACUACAACGUCAACGUUUGGGUACCACCAAAUAUUUAUGGCUCUAAGGAACUUGCGCAACUUACAGUCAUUGAAGGGAAUCUUGCGAGUCUGUUGUGUGAAUCAAGUGGUAUCCCACCCGCAAACAUUGUCUGGAAGAAGAACGGCUCCCCUGUGUUGCCUGACUCCUUGGGGCGAGUCCGGAUUUUAUCUGGAGGCAGACAGUUGCAAAUUUCAGUGGCUGAAAAAUCUGACGCAGGACUCUAUACAUGUGUGGCAUCAAAUGCUGCUGGAACAGCGAAGGAAGACUACACUCUGCAAGUGUACAUUCGACCAGCCAUCGUGGGCAGUGGCAGCCACCCUACUGAGAUUGUGGUGACGCGAGGGAAGGGCAUUUCCUUGGAGUGUGCGGUGCAGGGGUUUCCUCCACCCAUGGUGACCUGGAUGAAGGACGGCCGGCCCUUGACCAAGGGAAGGGACGUGGAAGUCCUGGAUGAGGGUCGCACGCUGCAGCUGAAGGACGCUCACGUGUCUGACACAGGCCGUUACGUGUGUGUGGCAACGAAUGAAGCAGGGAUGGCUGACAGAAAAUAUGACUUAAGUGUUCAUGCACCACCAAGCUUUAUAGGGAACCAGGGGGCAGCUGAAAACAUCAGUGUGGUGGAAAAGAGCCCGGUGUCCCUGACCUGCGAGGCUUCAGGAAUCCCUCUGCCCUCAGUGACCUGGCUCAAGGACGGCUGGCCCGUCAGCCUCAGCGCCUCCGCCAGGAUCCUCUCAGGAGGCAGGACACUCCGGCUGACGCAGACCAGGGUCGAGGACACGGGCCAGUACACAUGCGUCGUCAGGAAUGCAGCGGGCGAAGGAAGAAAACUCUUUGGACUUUCAGUACUGGUUCCACCUCACAUUGUAGGUGACAGUCCCCUGGAAGCUGUGACAGUGAAAGAGAAGCACAGUGUGACACUGACCUGUGAGGUGACAGGGCAUCCAGUGCCCAACGUCACGUGGCACAGAGACGGACAGCUGCUGCAGGAGGACGGAGCCCAUCGCCUUUUGUCCGGUGGCCGUUUUCUGCAGAUCAGCAGUGCCCAAGUGUCGCACGCUGGACGAUACACAUGCCUGGCGUCCAAUCCAGCUGGGGACAAGAGCAAGAGUUUCAGCCUGACUGUAUUUGUUUCUCCAACAAUCGCCGGCGUGGGCAGUGACAGCAGCCCGGAAGACGUCACUGUUGUCCUUCACAGCCCCACGUCUCUGGCCUGCGAGGCCUACUCCUACCCUCCAGCUACCAUCACGUGGUCUAAGGGGGGCGUGCCUUUGGAGUCUAACCAACACGUUCGGAUUCUCCCAGGGGGACGAACACUGCAGAUCCCAAAUGUGCGGGAGGACGAUGCUGGGAGGUACUCGUGUGUGGCCACUAACGAGGCUGGCGAGAUGGCCAAGCACUACGAACUGAAGGUCUACAUUCCACCCGUAAUCAGUAAAGGGGACCUCUGGGGACCAGGCAUUUACCCGAAAGAAGUGAACAUCAAAGUCAACAACACGCUGACCUUGGAAUGCGAAGCCUACGCGGUUCCUUCUGCCUCGCUCAGCUGGUACAAGGAUGGACAGGCCCUGAAGCCAGAUGAUCACGUGAGCAUCGGUGCUAAGGGACACACGCUCCAAAUAAAGGAAGUUCAGAUAUCAGACACUGGGCGCUACACCUGUGUGGCAUCCAACAUCGCUGGUGAUGAUGAGCUGGACUUCGAUGUGAAUAUACAAGUUCCUCCAAGUUUCCAGAAACUCUGGGAAGUAGGCAACAUGCUGGACACGGGUAGGAGUGGUGAAGCCAAAGACGUGAUCCUCAACAACCCCAUUUCUCUUUACUGCGAGACAAAUGCUGCGCCACCACCCACUCUGACAUGGUACAAAGAUGGCCAUCCUCUGAGCUCCAGUGAUAAAGUGUUGAUUUUACCAGGAGGCCGUGUGCUGCAGAUCCCCCGGGCUGCUGUGGGUGACGCCGGAAGAUACAUGUGCGUGGCUGUCAAUGAGGCCGGGGAGGACUCCCUCCAGUAUGAUGUCCGCAUCCUUGUGCCCCCCGUUAUCAAGGGAGCCAGCAGCGAUCUCCCCGAAGAGGUCACCGUGCUGACCAACAGGAGCGGGCGCAUGGAGUGCCUGCCCAGUGGCAGCCCGGUGCCAAAGAUUUUCUGGCACAAGGACAGCCAGCCUCUGCCUCUAGACGAUCGUCACAAAUUCCUGUCUAAUGGAAGAAUUCUACAGAUUGAAAAUACUCAGAUAGCAGAUAUCGGCAGGUACAUGUGUGUCGCUGAGAACACAGCCGGAACUGCCCAAAAAUACUUUAACCUCAAUGUCCAUGUUCCUCCAAGUGUCAUCGGUCCUAACCCUGAAAAUCUUACUGUUGUGAUGAACAAUUUCAUCUCUUUGACCUGUGAGGUCACUGGUUUUCCACCCCCUGAUCUCACCUGGCUCAGGAAUGAACAACCCAUCAAGCCAAACACAAAUGUGCUGGUCGUGCCUGGUGGUCGCACACUGCAGAUUGUUCGAGCCAAGGUUUCUGAUGGUGGUGAAUAUACUUGUGUUGCUGUCAACCCUGCUGGCGAAAGCAAGAAGAAAGUUUCUCUGACUGUGUAUGUGCCCCCGAGCAUUAAGGACCACGGCCGAGAUGCUCUUUCCACAGUGACAGUGAGAGAGGGGUCCUCUGUGUCCCUGGAGUGUGAAUCCAGCGCCGUCCCACCUCCUCUCAUCACGUGGUACAAGAGUGGGCGGAUGGUGGCCGAGUCUCAGCAUGUACAGCUUCUAGCUGACAGAAAGAUACUGCACAUCAAGAAGGCUGAGGUGUCUGACACAGGCCAGUAUGUAUGUAGAGCUAUAAAUGUAGCAGGACGAGAUGAUAAAAAUUUCCACCUCAAUGUUUAUGUACCACCCAGUAUCGAAGGACCUGAGAGAGAAGUGGUUGUGGAGACCAUCAGCAAUCCCGUGACCUUGACGUGUGAUGCCACUGGAAUCCCACCUCCCACUGUAGUGUGGCUGAAGAAUGACAGGCCUAUAGAAAAUUUCAAUUCACUUGAAGUUCAUAUUUUGUCUGGAGGUGGGAAACUUCAGAUUUCCCGGUCUCAGCAUUCAGAUGGUGGGAAUUACACCUGCGUUGCCUCAAACCUGGAGGGAAAGGCACAGAAAAGCUACAUUCUUUCCAUUCAAGUUCCUCCAAGCAUCGCUGGUGCUGAGAUGCCGAGUGAAGUCAGUGUCCUUCUAGGGGAAGAUGUUGAGCUGCUCUGCAAGGCACACGGUGUCCCCACCCCACUUCUUCGGUGGCUGAGGGACGGGAAGCCUGUAGCUAGUGGGGAAGCAGGAAGAAUUCGGGUGACUGCCCAUGGCAGCAUGCUGAGCAUUGAUGGCGCACUCACCUCCGACGUGGGGAAGUACACGUGCGUGGCUACCAAUCCUGCUGGGGAGGAAGAGCGAGUGUUUAACUUGAACGUCUAUGUUCCGCCAACAAUUAGGGGCAAUAAAGGAGCAACGGAGACGCUCGUGGCGCUCGUGGACACGGCGGUGAACGUGGAGUGCCGGGCCUCGGGGGCGCCUGCCCCCCAGAUAAGCUGGCUGAAGGGCGGGCUGCCGCUGCUGCUCUCCUCUCGGGUUCGCUUGCUGUCCGCAGGGCAGGUUGUCAGGAUCGUGAGGGCCCAGGUGUCGGAUGCUGCUGUGUACACGUGUGUGGCCGCCAACCGAGCCGGGGUUGACAAGAAACACUACAGCCUGCAGGUGUUCGCACCACCAAGCAUAGACAAUGCCAUGGGGAGAGAGGAAGUGACAGUUGUGAGCGGCAGCCCCACCUCUCUGUCGUGCUUUGCUCAUGGAACCCCGGCGCCCCGUGUGUCCUGGCUUAAGGAGGGUCUGCCACUGGGGCUGGAUACCCACAUGACCUUCCGCUCCGAAGCCAUGGUCCUUCAGCUGCUGGAAGCAGAGACCCAGGACUCAGGAAGGUACACCUGCCUGGCCUCCAAUGAGGCUGGAGAGGUCAGCAAGCACUUCGACCUGAAGGUCCUAGAACCACCUCACAUUAAUGGAUCCAGAGAACCUGGAGAGGUAUCAGUAAUUGUCGGUAACCCACUUGAGCUUUCCUGCACCGCUUCUGGAAUCCCAGUCCCUAAGAUUACCUGGAUGAAGGAUGGCAGGCCCCUUCUACAUACGGAGCAGGUGCAAGCUCUAACGGGAGGUGAAGUUCUGCGCAUAACAAGUGCUCAGGUAGAGGACACAGGAAGAUACACGUGUCUGGCGUCCAGUCCUGCGGGAGAUGAUGACAAGGAAUACUUAGUGAGAGUGCAUGUGCCCCCUCACAUUGCUGGAGCGGAUGAACCUCAGGAUUUCACCGUGUCGCGCAACAGGCAAGUGACACUGGAGUGCAAGUCAGACGCAGUGCCCCCACCUGUUAUUAUGUGGCUGAAAAAUGGAGAACACGUGCAGGCAUCACCUCGCAUCCGAAUCCUUUCUGGAGGGAGAUACUUGCAGAUAAACAACGCAGAUCUGGGAGAUGCAGCCAAUUAUACUUGUGUUGCCAGCAACAUUGCAGGAAGGAAGACAAGAGAAUUUACUCUUACUGUGAAUGUUCCUCCAAACAUAAAGGGUGGUCCCCAGAGUCUUGUCACUCUCUUAAAUAUGUCAACUGUGUUGGAAUGCUCUGCUGACGGUGUGCCAAUCCCACGGAUAACAUGGAGAAAAGAUGGAGCCCUUCUACCUGGGAAUCAGGCAAGGUACUCGGUCUUGGAGAAUGGAUUCCUUCGGAUCCAAUCAGCACAGGUCGCCGACACAGGCCGAUACCUGUGCAUGGCCAACAAUGCUGCCGGAACAGACCGCAGGCGCAUUGACAUGCAGGUCCACGUUCCUCCAUCAAUUGCUGUGGGCCCUGCCAACAUCACCGCAACCGUGAAUGUCCAGACAACACUGGCUUGUGAGGCGGCUGGCGUGCCAAAGCCAUCCAUUGAGUGGAGGAAAGAUGGACAUCUUCUUAAUGUGGAUCAGAAUCAGAGUUCAUACAGGCUCCUUUCUUCUGGUUCGUUGGUGAUCAUUUCCCCUUCUGUGGAUGACACUGCGACCUAUGAGUGCACUGUGACCAACGAUGCUGGCGAAGAUAAGAGAGCCGUGGGUCUCAUUGUCCAAGUCCCGCCAUCCGUCGCAGAUGAGUCCACAGACAUCCUGGUAACCACGGGCGCCCCAGCAGUGCUGCCAUGCUCUGCCACUGGAGUUCCCGCUCCUUCCGUCCACUGGACCAGAAAUGGCAUCAGGCUGCUUCCCAGGGGAGAAAGCUACCGGGUUCUGUCCUCAGGAGCAAUUGAAAUAUUUGCCACCCAGCUCAGUCACGCGGGCAGAUACACCUGCAUGGCGAGGAACGCAGCUGGCUCUGCACACCGUCAUGUGACCCUUCGUGUCCAGGAGCCUCCCGUCAUUCGGCCGCAGCCCAGCGAGGUAGACGUCGUCCUCAACAACCCCGUCCUGCUGCCGUGUGACACAGCGGGGACACCCAGCCCUCUCAUCACGUGGCAGAAAGAUGGCAUCAACGCCGUGAGUUCAGGCCACAGCCGCGCCGUGCUGCCCGGUGGCGGCCUGCAGAUCGCCGGAGCUGCCCGGGAGGAUGCAGGUGUGUACCUGUGCGUGGCUCAGAACCCCGCCGGGACUGCCGUGGGCAAAGUCAAGCUGAACGUCCAAGUGCCUCCUGUCAUCAGCGCUCAGCCACUGGAGCACAUCACUGCCGUGGAUAAGCCUGUCUCCCUGCCCUGUGAGGCCGACGGCCUGCCGCGACCUGACAUCACCUGGCUCCGAGGCGGCCAGCUGAUAGUGGAGUCAUUGCGCCUGCGCAUCCUCAACUCGGGGACUCUGCACAUAGCCUUCGCUCAGCCUGGUGAUGCUGGACAGUACACAUGUACGGCUGCCAACGUGGCCGGAUCCAGCAGCAGGAGCACCACACUCACUGUGCACGUACCACCCAGGAUCCGAAGUACAGAGGAGCACUACACGGUCAGUGAGAACUCCAGAGCUGUCCUGGCGUGUGAGGCCGACGGGAUACCCACGCCAACCAUCAGCUGGAAGAAAGACAAUGUUCCUUUGGCUAACUUGUUAGGAAAAUACACAGCCGAACCAUAUGGACGACUCAUUUUGGAGAAUGCCGUGUUGGAGGAUUCCGGCGUCUACACCUGCACAGCCAGCAACGCUGCAGGUGAAGAUACGCACCCUGUCAGCCUGGCUGUGCACGUCCUCCCCACUUUCACCGAACUCCCUGGAGAUGUGUCGUUAAAUAAGGGAGAACAGCUCCGACUGAGCUGUACAGCAACUGGCGUCCCAUUGCCCAAGCUGACAUGGACCUUCAAUAACAAUGUUAUCCCAGCCCACUUCGACAGCGCCCGGGGGCACAGUGAGCUCCUUGUGGAGCGCGUGGCCAAAGCGGACUCGGGGACUUACGUGUGCACGGCCGAGAACAGCGUGGGCCUUGUGAAGGCCAUCGGGUCUGUUUACGUGAAGGAACCUCCCGUCUUCAAAGGUGAGUACCCUUCUAACUGGAUCCAGCCGCUUGGAGGUAAUGCUAUCCUGGAUUGUGAGGUGAGGGGAGAUCCUGCCCCAACCAUCCAGUGGAACAGGAAGGGCGUGGAGAUCGAGACCAGCCACAGGAUCCGGCAGCUGGGCAAUGGCUCCCUGGCCAUCUACGGCACCGUGAAUGAAGAUGCCGGUGACUACACUUGUGUGGCCGCCAAUGACGCCGGCGUGGUGGAGCGCAGCGUGAGCCUGACUCUGCAAAGUGCUCCUGUUAUCACUCUUGAGCCCGUGGAAACUGUCAUUAAUGCCGGUGACAAAGUCACACUGAACUGCCAGGCAGCUGGAGAGCCCCGUCCGACUAUCACAUGGUCCCGGCAGGGGCAGUCUAUUGCCUGGGACAGCCGGGUUCAGGUGUUCUCCAACGGCUCGUUGUAUAUUGCUGCUGCUCAGAAGGAAGACACCUCCGAGUAUGAGUGUGUGGCUCGAAACCUGCUGGGUUCCGUCCUCAUCCGGGUGCCAGUCGUGGUUCAGGUUCAUGGUGGCUUUUCCCAGUGGUCCAUGUGGAGAGCCUGCAGUGCCACCUGUGGGAAAGGCAUCCAGAAGAGGAGUCGUCUGUGCAACAACCCCGUUCCAGCCAACGGAGGGAGGCUCUGCCAGGGUGUGGACUCGGACACACGGAGCUGUCAGAACAAGCAGUGUCCAGUGGAUGGCCACUGGUCAGAGUGGAGUCUCUGGGAAGAGUGCACGAGGAGCUGUGGGCACGGCAACCGGAGCAGGACCAGAACCUGCAGUGAUCCACCAGCUCAGCAUGGCGGGCGGCCGUGUGAGGGCAGAGCUGUGCAAACAGUCAUGUGCAGCGUUAGGCCCUGCCCAGUUCACGGAGCCUGGAGCCCUUGGCAGCCCUGGGGUACAUGCAGCUCAAGCUGUGGGAAAGGAACCCAGACAAGAAGCAGGCUCUGCGACAGCCCGCCACCCGCCUUCAGUGGCUCCCCCUGCGAUGGGGCAGAGACUCAGCUGCAGGUCUGCAGGGAAAGACCCUGUCCAGUUGAUGGCAAGUGGGCAGUGUGGACGAGCUGGAGUGCCUGUACUGUGUCCUGCGGUGGAGGUGCCAGGCAGAGGAGGCGGCACUGCACUGACCCCGCCCCCCAGCAUGGCGGCCACGGAUGUGAGGGCGCUGACCUGCAGAGUGCCUUUUGCAAUGGUGACCCAUGUCCAAUGCAUGGUAAUUGGAGCCCCUGGAGUGCCUGGGGAGCAUGCAGCCGGACAUGUAAUGGAGGGCAGAUGCGACGCUACCGCACAUGUGACAACCCACGUCCCUCCCACGGGGGGCGAGCUUGUGGAGGGCCAGACUCCCAGGUGCAGAGAUGCAAUGCCAACAUGUGUCCCGUGGAUGGAAGUUGGGGACACUGGCACAGGUGGAGCCAGUGCUCUGCCUCUUGUGGAGGAGGUGAGAAGACUCGGAGACGGCUCUGCGACAGUCCAGCGCCAUCGCAAGGUGGCCGUUCCUGUGCAGGGGAUGCCACCCAGGUGUCCAGGUGCAAUUCUCAGGCGUGUCCAGGUGGGCCCCAGCGAGCCAGAGGAAGUGUUAUUGGAAGUAUUAACGACGUUGAAUUUGGAGUUGCUUUGCUUAAUGCCACGGUGACAGAUAGCCCUUAUUCAGAUACUAGAAUUAUCCAUGCUAACAUUGCCAAUGUGCCUCGCAGUCUGGGUCCAGCAAUGAAAAAGAUCGUUUCUCUUCUGAACCCCAUUUACUGGACAGCAGCGAAGGAGAUAGGAGAAGCCGUGAAUGGCUUCACCCUGACGAACGCAGUGUUCAAAAGGGAGACCCAGGUGGAGUUUGCAACUGGAGAAGUCCUGCGAAUGACCCACAUUGCCCGGGGCCUGGAUCCCGAUGGCGCUUUGCUGCUGGACAUCAUUGUGAGCGGCUACAUCCUGCAGCUCCCGUCGCCCAUGGACGUCAGCAUCAAGGAUUACACGGAGGACUACAUCCAGACCGGCCCCGGGCAGCUGCAUGCGCGCUCCACGCGGCUCUUCACCGUCGACGGCGUCAGCAUUCCGUACACCUGGAACCACAGCGUGCUCUAUGACGAGGCUCACGGAAGGAUGCCUUUCUUGGUCGAAACGCUUCACGCAUCCUCCGUGGAAUCCGACUAUAAUCAGUUAGAGGAGACGCUGGGAUUUAAAAUCCAUGCUUCGAUUUCCAAAGGUGAACGCAGCAAUCAAUGCCCGUCCGGGUUCAGCUUAGACCCUCUUGGACCCUUUUGUGCCGAUACAGACGAGUGCACAACGGGGAAGCCUUGCUCCCACACCUGCCACAACGCCAUGGGGACCUACUACUGCUCCUGCCCCGAGGGCCUCACCAUUGCUGCAGAUGGAAGAACCUGUCAAGACAUCAACGAGUGUGCUCUGGGUGGACAUGCCUGCCGUGCCGGCCAGGACUGUGACAACACCAUCGGGUCCUAUCGUUGUGUGGUCCACUGCGGGAUUGGCUUUCGGAGGACCUCUGAUGGGCUGAAUUGCCAAGAUAUUAACGAAUGUCAAGAAUCCAGCCCUUGUCAGCAGCGCUGUUUCAAUGCCAUCGGCAGCUUCCACUGUGGGUGUGAGCCUGGAUAUCAACUCAGAGGCAGAAAAUGCGUGGAUGUGAACGAGUGCAGACAGGCUGUGUGCCGACCGGAUCAGCUCUGCAGGAACACCCGUGGUGGCUACAAGUGCAUCGACCUUUGCCCCAGCGGAAUGACCAAAGCGGAAAAUGGAACUUGUAUUGAUGUUGAUGAAUGCAAAGAUGGGACUCAUCAGUGCAGAUAUAAUCAGAUAUGUGAGAACACGAGAGGCAGCCACCGUUGCGUAUGCCCGAGAGGUUACCGGUCCCAAGGAGCUGGAAGACCCUGUGUGGACAUUAAUGAAUGCGAACAAGUACCUAAACCCUGUGCACAUCAGUGCUCCAACACCCCCGGCAGCUUCGAGUGCAUCUGCCCCCCGGGACACCAUCUGUUAGGGGACGGGAAGUCUUGCGCUGGAUUGGAGAGGCUGCCCAGUUCUGGUGCUCAGUACAGUAGCUCUCCCCUGGCCUGGUCCUGGCCCGUGAGGAGCAGCCAGCAGCUGCAGCGUUACAGGCACAGCUCUCAGCUCCGCAGCAGCUCCUCAGAGUCAGGCGACAGCAGAGCAGCUCCUGCCAGGACUAGACGGACUGGUGGGAACAGCUGUCCCGCGGGCACCACAGCGAGCUGGAACACCUGUGUAGAUAUUGAUGAGUGUGAAACCAGAGACAUCUGCCAGCAUGCAUGUAAAAAUACUUUUGGAAGCUACCAGUGCACCUGCCCACCUGGUUAUCAGCUCAUGCUCAAUGGAAAAACAUGCCAAGAUGUGGAUGAGUGUCAGGAGCAGAGCAUGCGCUGUGGGCCCAACCGCAUGUGCUUCAACACCAGAGGAAGCCACCAGUGCAUCGACACGCCCUGUCCCCCCGGCUACCAGCGGGAUCCUGUUUCAGGGUUCUGCCUCAAGAGCUGCCCGCCCAAUGACCUGGAGUGCGCCUUGAGUCCUUAUGCCUUACAGUACAAGCUUGUCUCCCUCCCCUUUGGAAUAGCUGCCCAUCAAGAUCUGAUCCGGCUGGUGGCCUACACGCAGCAGGGCGUGCUGCACCCCAGGACAACAUUCCUCAUGGUAGAUGAGGAGCAGGCCGUUCCUUUUGCCUUAAGAGAGGAAAACCUAAAGGGGGUGGUGUACACGACCCGGCCCCUGCGAGAGCCAGAGACCUACCGCAUGAGGGUGCGUGCCCUCUCCCACAGCGCCAACGGGACCCUGGAAUACCAGACCACAUUCAUUGUCUACAUAGCUGUGUCUGCCUACCCAUACUGAGCAACCCCACAAGCCUAGCGCACGUUAACCCCGGCGGCCAAGGCCCUUCCAGAGGACUCUUGCACAGGUCUAAUCUUGGCAACUGGAAAAUGGUGCUAUCAUCUGUUGGGUGUGCCUUCCGGGGACCACCCGGGUCUCUCACGGUCCCACCAUGAGAAUCCUCUAGUAAGGUCUGGAAAAGCCCUUUCUGCUUGUCUUUAUUUAUUUCACUGAAGCAGUAACUUCCCUCAGAUUCCUCUGAGCACCCCACAGGACACAUGAGU